ACGGUCGAGCGACAUGUUUCUCUGUGAUCGAUUGGGGGAGACUCGGCAGAGAUGUGAAACUCCCAUUGAUUGAUCUCCACUACACUCCCCGCUGACCAGAGAAAACAGCGAAUGCGAGAGGGGAUUUAAAUUGGACAAAUAUUGUCCACCUUGCUUGACGGACAAGGUAGCGAUCUGUUUUCUCAUGCAGUGUGAGCCUACCUUCAUCACGUCCAUCCACCACCGCCCUCCUCCUCAUCUUCCUCCUCCUCCCCAGCCAUGGACCCCCCGAGGACUCGGUCGCGGUCUCGGUCUGGCUUCUAUCAUUUUGGCAUGAAUGGCAGCGUUGGAAGCAAUGGCAGUGGUAACGCGGUCGGUAACGGGAGCUUGAUGAACGCCAGCGGAGGAGGGGUGAGCUACCCGCAACAGAGCAACCCCGGCUGGGUACCGCACCACGGUGGUCGCAGCUACCCGGAGAGCCAGCAGCAGCAGCACACCCAGGGGAGCUACCUGUCCGCAGGGGCGCAGCGCCACUCUUCGCUCGGAGCUCACAGACAUCCCGGGGCCGGAGCAGUGUUACAUUUUCAUCCAGAUAAUGUGUGCAGUGAGGAUCGGGACAAAAUUGAAGACAGCCCAAGCCCCAAAAGGCAGCGUCUUUCCCAGCAGUCCAUGUUGGAUCUCAGCUCCGCCCCUCCCUCCACUCCUUCCUCUCCCAUUCGCCCCUGGGAGCUGCCUCCCAGUCGCAGACCACACCCUCACUACAUGCCAGAGAGAUGCCACACACCUGUUCGCAACCGUCGCAGCCCUCCAAUGAGACGCCAGCGUGGCCGGAGAGACCGUCUGACCCGCCACCACCAUCACGCCCACAACAACCAUCACCACUACAACAGCAACAACAACAACCACCACCACCAUCACCACCCCAGCGCCCACCAUCAUCACCACCACCACCUGCACUCCCACCAUGGCCCGUCGUCAGGCCACCAGGAUGAAAAUUACCGUCACCCGGCUCCCCCUCAGGGCUACCCACCCUACAGCCAGCAACCGCCCCGAGGGCCUGGGCCUGGGCCUGGGCCAGGGCCUGAAGAGCGCCCGGGUUACCACCCCGCAAAUCCCUCCCCGAGGCCACUCCACCAGUCACCGAACCUGUCUCCCAGGCUGCUCCACCCUGCUGCCCACCCACAGCACCCACACCCUCACCCAUCCCAGCAACAGAGCAGUGUGGUGCUUGACCUCCAUGAGCAGGGUUCAGCUCCAGUAUCGUAUCCUGUGUCUCCUCCGGGCGCGCCGCCUGGCCUGCCGCCUCGCUCUGCCCCUCAGCAGAUCCCAGCAUGCUCGGUGGUUUUCAGUGGACAGCAUUAUCCUGUCUGCAGCGUCCCUCCUCCUGUCCUUCAGACCUGUUCUGUGCAGCACUUACCGAUGCCCUAUCCCUUCCCAUCACUGCUGUCCAGUGACCCGGCCUUCCUGCUUCCCCCUCCUCACCUCCCCCAUCCCCCAACACACCUUUCCCACCACCCACCUCACCUGCCCCAGCCUGGACAGUUUGGACCCUAUCCGACACAGCAGGCACGAUCACCAUUACAGAGGAUAGAGAAUGACGUGGAGCUGCUUGGAGAGCACCUGUCUUUGGGUGCUGGGCUCCACUAUCCCCCCACCACCCACCCAGCCCUCACCCCACACUCCACACAGCUUCACUUCCUUUCCCAUGACCCCCUGCCACAGGAGUUCUUUGGAGUGUCCUAUCCAAACUUCAUACCUCGGCGUCUCCCAGGGCGACGGUACCGCUCGCAACAGCCACUGCCACCUUCGCCUUACCACCCCAGCCUCCUGCCUUACUUCCUUUCAAUGCUGCCAGUCCAGCCCACAGGCCCUGCGAUCAGCCUAGAGCUGGAUGUAGACGAUGGAGAGGUGGAAAAUUAUGAGGCCCUCCUGAACCUCGCUGAGCGUCUGGGAGAGGCCAAACUCCGCGGACUGACCAAGGGAGACAUUGAACAGCUUCCCUCCUAUCGGUUCAAUCCAAAUAACCAUCAGUCUGAGCAAACACUGUGUGUGGUGUGUAUGAGUGAUUUUGAGUCCCGCCAACUGCUGCGAGUCCUGCCCUGCAGCCACGAGUUCCACGGGAAGUGUGUUGACAAGUGGCUAAGGGCCAACAGGACUUGUCCCAUUUGUCGGGCCGACGCUUCAGAGGUCCAAAGAGACUCAGAGUGACCACACGAGGGAGCCAGACACUCCUCACUGUCUGUUCGACACAUUCAGUACUGCCUGCUCCUAAUGUAGUGAUAAACGUUCGUGCUUGUACACAUACACACAUACACCAUUUCCUGGCUUUUUUUUGCAGCACCCUCUCCUUCUAUUUUGUUCUGUCAUUUUUUCUGUUUAACUUAUGUGCAUCACCCUCCCCGACAUUUUCCCUCUCGCCAAUUUCUGUCAUUUUUCCUCCCAUUAGUCUUUCCUGUACACGUACUUGCACGUGGUGCAUGUAUCCCGCAUCACCAUCCUGCAGUGGUGGGUGUGUGUGUGUGUGUGUGUGUGUGUGUGUGUGUGUGUGUGUGUGU